UCUCUUUCAGGGGAGGGUACAUCAUCUGCUGAGUCAAAUUUUACACCAAUGCUAAUGUCACCUUUUUUUUCAGGCAAUAUGUGGGGGCAAAGAUUUAAGGGGAGGGACUCAGAAAUAAGCCUGACUGAAUGGGUUGAAAAUUUAAACGCAAUGUUUCGAAUGUAUAAAAUCCCAGACAGUGUACAAGUUGAUUUUAUUUUAAAUCAAUUAGAGGGGGAUGCCAAACGGCAAAUAUUGGUCACUGCUGUAGAGAACAGAAACACUGCUAAGAAAGUCUUUGAUAGGCUUCAAGAUCUUUAUGGGGAUAAAAUGUCUGCCUCAGUCCUCCGCUCUCUAUGUUUCAGCUGCCGACAGCAACCAUCUGAGACAGUGUCUGACUUCUCUCUCAGACUACAGGAGCUCUUUAAAAAGCUGCAGCAAAAAGAUUCAGUCAGUAUGCGUAACUGCGAUUCCCUAAUGCGUGAUCAGUUUGUGGAUGGAAUGCAAGAUAAACUGUUGAAACGAGAAUUGCGUACUCUCAUUCGGUCUACUCCAGAUCUGUCUUUUGCAGCUACUUAUCGAGAGGCCUCCAUACGCCUGGAAGUGAACGGAGAGGUUGGCCUAGCUGCAUGUGAUGCUGUGGGACAGGUAACAAGACUUCCUUCCACCCAGGUUGACCUCCAACAGUUGAAGAAAGAACUAAGAGAGGAAAUGGCUGCUGAGAUCAAGGACCAGAUGGUGACACUUUCAAAAGAUAAGAUCCCAUCAAGAGAGCAUGCUAACCUGGAUCUGGUGCUCGAAGCGACCCCAUCUGGCCGUCAGGCGUGGACGUCCGCAAUGCGACUUUGUAGUGAAGAAGCCAAAUUCAAUGAUGGUCAUGGUGAAGUGAGUUUUGUGAGAGUACUGACCAACACUGAAGUACCACCGGGAAAAGAGAUGGUUCUUCCAGGACGUGUGCGUGGUGGACCAGGAGGUCGGCCAUACUUUGGGUUGGUUGAGGCACCACCAGAGACAGAGGCCUAUUGGGUAGCUCGGGCUGUUGUGUCUGCUAAAGGAAACACUGUCCCAGUAAGACUGAAAAACCUGUGUAACCGCCCCCUUUUUCUCAAAAAGUACCAGAAAUUAGCUCAAAUGUCCUUGAUUAAACCAACAGAUGUUGUCUCGGGUGCAGUGCAACUAUCGAUGGAGACGGCUGGCGUGAUGGAAGUCCACCUUGAACCAGAAGUUUCCCUCCCUAGUUCUGACCCAAGCAACAUCCCAGUAGAGCUGGAGAAUUCUGGACUGUCCUCCAAAGAGACCCAAGAGGUGAGAUGUUUACUGGCUCAAUACAGACAUGUUUUUGCCUUGAGUGAUGAUGACUACGGGUACACCCAUACUGUUUUUCACGAGAUUCCCACAGGUGAUUCGGCUCCAGUUCGACAGCGUCAUCGUCAAAUUGCCCCUAGCCUCUAUCAAGAGGUGCGUGUUCUCCUACAAGACCUGUUGGAAGCCGGCAUUAUACACAAGAGCACAAGUCCAUGGGCUUCGCCAAUUGUGUUGGUGAAAAAGAAGGACGGGUCCACACGUUUUUGUGUGGAUUACCGUAAAUUAAACACCCUUACACGUAAAGACGCCUUCCCCCUCCCACGUGUUGAGGAGUCUUUGACCAUGCUUUCCCAGGCGAAGUUCUUCUCUACUCUGGAUCUGGCCAGUGGAUACUGGCAGGUCCCUGUUCACCCAGAGGACAGGGAAAAAACAGCUUUUAUAACACCCAUGGGCUUGUAUGAAUGGGAUCGCAUGCCAUUCGGGUUAUGUAACGGGCCAGCUACAUUUCAAAGAUUAAUGGAGGCUUGUUUAGGGGAUUUAAACUUUCAAAGUUUAUUAAUUUAUUUGGAUGAUAUUAUUAUUUUUUCACCUGACUUCUCAUCCCAUCUACAGCGACUUGAGCUGGUGUUCCAGCGCUUGGCAGACCAAGGUCUUAAAUUGAAGCCCAGUAAGUGCUUUCUCUUCCAAAAAGAGGUAAAAUACCUGGGUCAUGUGGUGUCUGAGCAAGGCAUUGCACCUUUACAUGAGCGGGUAGAAGCUAUACAGGAAUGGCCACAACCAACUACAGUUCGGGAACUUAGAGCAUUUCUAGGGCUGACUGGCUACUACCGCCGCUUUAUAAAAGAUUUUUCUAAAGUUGCCAUGCCUCUUAACAAGCUCCUUUGUGGCCAAUCCAGGAACCAUACUCGUCAGAAGACACAGCCACUAAAGGACUGGGGCGCUGAGGCAGAAGACGCCUUUCAACAGCUAAGACGGGGCGAGGUGCGGCAGAUACAGGCUGAUGCGAUCUGGCUUGUCCUGGACGAGAUGCGUCGAGAACUCCGCUCCGGUAGCCGCUCCACCCGGGGGGGCCUGGACAAGACGGGAGGUGCGGAGUGA